AUGUGCCAGGCCUGUCACCCCCCCCUCCAACGUUCCAAUCGCGGCGACUCGUGCCCUUUCCCCAGGAAAAAAAAGGUCCAAGUCCAAGUCCCAUGGCCCAUGGCUGCAAAGUCACGAACAAUGUCGUUUCCUCUCAUUCUGUCAUUUCCCUCCACCCCCACGCUCAUUCCCCAGGGUGUCUACCUGUCGGUGAAACAUGCGAAAGCGGUGAGGCGGUCUUUCAUCUUCACCGCCGUAGGAAUGAAGUGUGUGCUUACCCGAAGCAGUACUCUUACUUGCCCAACAGCGUGCGCAGUCAGAGAUGAGCCGCAUGGUAGUGGGAUGGUAUGGGAUGGGAUAUGA